AUGUCUAGAACAUCGCCACCGUCGUGGAGAUCUGGGGGAGAGUAUCAGAACGAGAAGGGAUUAUCAGACGUGGUAAUCGGCGUCGGCAUGGUGAAAGCGAGCCGUGACUUUCUGCUCCUCUCAGACAAGCGCAGGCGCGUGGUGGCUCGAGGAGGAUGCCACACAUCAAUCCAGUUGGACAACUCUUCAGCCCUGGAGACACUGAAGUCGCGGGCCUAG